ACUCUUCCUCGGUCCUCCCUAUUCAUUGUCCAGCUUUUGCAUGUAUUUCUUUGUAAUAUGGAAAAAAAGUUAUUUUCUUUUAGAAAGGGAAAGACAGUUUCUAGUAGUUAGUGAUUUUUGUGUUAUUUAUGAGAUACUUAAAAGUGCCCAUGAAGGAACUUCCUUCUUUCCUUUUGUAUUUUGCUAUUACCUUUUAAAGAUUAUGAACAUGUCAUUUUGAACUCUUAAGAAAGGUAUAAUGUAUUAUAAUUCUCAAAAAUAUUUUUUAAAUCCGUAGUGAAUCACUGUGUAUACAUUUCCCUGUGUUUAAUUAUUUUAUGGGAUAUUAUUUAAAGCAAGAAGUUAUCCUCUUCUUCAUACAGAGAAUCUUUGAUAAGUAGAAGGAAAUCUGAGACUGAAGAUCUCCGUUCAUACAGGACACUCUUAAAGAUCUAGACUAGGCCUGGGUAUGCUAAAGUAACACUGCAGUGGUUGGGAACCCGUGAUAUAUAAGUGUUGUCAAUAAACAUUGAUAAUGAGAAUUUCCAGCAACAUAGCGUGCCUAUGAGAAUAAGAUGUUACGGUUUCAAAGUAUUUUGACAACAGAGACUUGGAUAUAAAACGUGAGGAACUAUAGUUUUAAUUAUAUGUAAGGCAAAAAAACAGCCUUUUUGAUGAUUCCUUGAAUUUAGGAUUGAAAAUACUGGUUAUGUAUUUUUUAAAAUACUGCUCCAAAACGACUUUAAAAAAGGCUCUUUAUUCCUUCUUAUUGUCUGUAUGUAUUAAAAUAUUUGUUAAACAUACGUAUACAUACGUGCGCCAACUCUUAUUUUUCUAAGGAAAUUAAAAUAGUGUCUGGCAUAUUUGAAAUCCUUUACCGAAAUAAAACAUUUAGCAUGCUACAGAACUGAUUUUGGUAACUAGUAAGGACUAAACUCACUACAAUCCAGAAAGUCACGACAGAUCACAUUGGUAUCUAUGAAGGUUCAGUUCAGUCACUCUCUGUUGACACUGAGACAAAGUGAAAUAUUGAAUAUUGGGUAUAUACAAGGUAUAUAGAGCCAGAGUGAGGAGGGGAGGAAGGGGUUAAACAUUUGGAAAUGAUGAAAGAAGCCUCAGUGAGCACAGAUUAAUUCCACUGCUCUAGUAAGAAAUUUACCCAAGAGCAUUUGAGAUGUAGUGUGUAUUACAAAUUAAUAAUUUUAAUGUUCUUUAAUUUAGUUUUUACAGUAGUAAAUUUACUAAAAUUUGUACAUCUUCAAAAUACAUCCAGAAUCUGACCACUUCUUACCACCUAGGGCCUGUCCACCACCAUCUCUUGCUUUUGUAUUACUGCAGUAGCCUCCUAAAUGGUCUCUCUCUUUCUUGAUCUCCCCACCUGCUGCCCCAAGUAGUCAAUUUUCAACACAGCAUUUAGAGUAACACUGUUAGAUCCUAAAUCAGAUCAUGUAACUACUCUGCACAAAACCCUCCACUGGUUUACCAUCCCCACUCAGAGUACUAUGUUAAUAAAAGCCACAGCCCUGGCAGUGCCUUCUACUUAAAAAAUCUGCCCUUGGCCUUCUACCUAACCUCCCACCACUCUGUCCUUCAUUCAGUUCACUCCAGCCACAUUGGCUUUCUUGCUGGUUCCUGAACACAUCAAGCACUGUCACUUCUACUUCAGCACCUUGCACUUGCUGUUCCUUCUUCCUGGAGUGCUCUAGCACCCUGACGUGCUCCUGCACCUCCUUCAAGUCUUUGCUCACAUGUUACUUUCUCAGUUCUUUAAGAUAGCAGUCCCUCCUUCCCUAGUACUCCCUGUCCACUAUCUCAGCUAUUUAUUUCUUUCCAAAUACGCUGUAUAAUUUACUUUCUUGUUUGCAUGUUGUCUGUCUUCUCCCACUAGACUGUAAUUCUGUUCACUGAUGUUUUCCCAUUGCCUGGAACAGUGCUGGGCACAUAGGUGUGUUCAGUAAAUAUUUGUUGAGUGAAUAAACCUCAGUGAACUGCAGAAUUUACAUAUGUAUUUUUUACAGUAAGUUAACACUAGCCUAGCCUAGAAGCUUACUGAGGGGUUUUAUUUUGUGUCAAGAAAGGAGGCAGUAGAGGUGCACUUGUGAUUGGUCCUGGUACUUGACGCUAUAGGUCAGGCUGAGGUCUGGGUUGGAUCAUUAGGUAUUGCACUGUAGUGAAAAAAAGUUGAGAAAAUGUUUCUGAUGUCCAAAAAAACUAGACCAGGAAGAGUCAGAAUUCCUAUGUUAUAAUCCUGACUCUGCUUUUUUUUUUCUUUUAAUGCUGGAGCCUUGUCAUAGGUAAUGGGAGAGUAGGAAAGUCAGAGUAUGCCAGAGACUGCAGAAAAAAAAAUGUUGCUCCCAAGAGUUCUAGAUAAGAAACUUUGCCUCUCUGCUGCACACCUCGUUGUGCAGAUCCAAUGAAAUGGUGGUGUAAAACCACCAUAAAAACAAUAAAGUGCCAUAUAAAUAUAAGUUAAUGUUAGUAGUAAUACCCUGUAUUAGACCUCUUAUAGGCGUGGCAGAUUUUUACUACAUUUUGUUCUAUGAGAAUUUCUAGGUUUAAGACACUAGAAGUACAACUUGUCAUUCAUUUUCAGUACCUUACACUCAUGGAAGGUCCUUGCAAGUUGUAACAAGUUUACCAUUUGAGCAUAUCCUUACCUGAUUACUGAAGUUUUGAAACUGCUCCCUGAUUACUUCUCCAAAACUUAUUCCUAGAAAUACAAGAUUGGCCAAAUGAGAAAGGACAUGGAACUCUUCCCCACCUCCGCCACUCUUACAUACCUGGCUUUAUUCUCUAUAGCACUUACCACUACCUUUCAGGGCUUCCAACCAGUUUGUUCUGAUUUGAACCCUUGCUGAGAAUUUGCAUUUCCACUACAGAUACACUGAAUCAGAAUCUACAUUUUAAUAAGAUGCCCAGCUGAUUCUUUAUAACUUCCUGGGAACUUGUUAGAUAUGGAAAUCUUAGCAGGGAACUUGUUGGAAACGCAAAUUCUCAGCAGGGCUUCGAAGCCCUGCCACCUUACCUAGUACAGAUUUGUUUAUUGCUUUAUUGACUCUCUUUCCCACGAGGAUAUAAGUUCCAAGAGGGUUGGACUCAAAAAGUUUUUUUUCUGCUAUAUCCUGUUGUUUAGAACAGUGUCUGAUAUGUAGUAGGCAUUCAGUAUAUAUUUGGUAGAUGAAUGAAUGAAAGAAACUUUGAAGAUGCUAUUUUCCCCUUCUUUUCCUUCAAACUGUCUUGUUUUGGGGGACCCCCCCUAUUUUUAGUGGGGUAGAAUGAUGGUGAGGAGGAGGAGGAGAUAUUUCUCCCUGAAAUUUGACGUCAGUGUCCUGGAGGGAAAGAGGAGGGAGGAUUAUUGACAGAAGCCGUAGAGCAGGGGUUCAUUUGUUUUCUCAUAAGGUAAAUGAACAAUGUUUAAUGUCCUUUAGCCGAAGGGUUCCUUUUCAUACCUUUGAGCAGAGCUUCCAUUGCCUCACUGUGUGAUUGCUGUUUCUCUUCAUUUGUGGAAAAGCUUGUAUGUGAUAAGGUCCUAUGUAUCAGUUUACUUUGAGUGGUUUUUUAAGAUUGCUUCUUAAAUAAAAUUGUAAAACAAGUCGGAAAGCAUAUCAACUUUAAUGAUCUUUUUCUUUUAAAAGGUUAACACAUUUCAGUAGUGAUUAGUACUUUAUUCUUGCUACUACCAAAUUAAGCGGAUCCAGGUGAAUUAAGUUUCUUUUUUAAUCUUUCUUUUUAAAAGAAAAGCAUUUUCCUUGUCUUAAAAAACAAUUUACAAAGGCAUCGAUAAAACUUUCUUAAAGUUUUAGAAGUAAGACCUAGUAUAUCCGUUAGGCAUCUUAGUUGGAGGCAGUGAAAGCUCAUAUAAGCAGACAUGAAAUUAAUUGAUAGGAUUGUGUGGCUCACAGAGUUGGUAGAAGGCAGGAGGGAAAAAGCCCUAGGAAAACUGCAGUAACAAAGGGAGGCUAAAGAGCUGGAGCAGGCGCCCGUGAGACCAUUACUGCUGCCUCUGUUGAACACAGACUGUGUGUUACAGAUUGCACUGCUGCUUGCACUGGCCACUCGAUGUCACCACUGGUUCUGCUGCUAGCACUGCUCUUGGCAGCUAGAUGUUGCCUCCACUAUCGCUACUUUCAGAAUUCUUUCUUGCCUCGGCUUUUCUGUGCCACUAGCCUACAUAUUCAAAUGCUUGAUGGGUGCAUAUGUUUAACUAAGCUUAGGUUGCCAGGUCAUGUGGGGAAGAAAGUCUCUGGAAUUUUCAGUUUUAAUAGUGGAAGAUGAGCUCUGUCUUGCACCAAAGCACAUGAAAUUGGGAAUUUUCCAGUCAUUGGCAGGGCUUUCACAUGCUUGGAAGCCAACAAAGUAACAAAGACCCACUACACAUAGUAUAUUCUAGAAUCGAUUGUUUAUUUUAUGUGUUAACCAGCUCGUCCUCAGAGUAAGAAUCCAUGGAACACUGGUGUUCUUCCAUAAUUAUUUUUACAACUUUAGAGCCUUUGAAUCACUUAUCCUUAGCAAGCAGCAAGAGAUAAUAAAUGGGCAAGUAGCAAGAAAAAUUAAUAGGAAAACUUGGAUAUAUUAUGUCUUAUGAGUGUUUAUGUAUUAUUUUUGGAGAUGUAGAGACCACUGUAAGUAUGAAGUAGCCACACUUCUUGAUAGAAAAAUGUUCUAAGUUUCUAUGAUGUGGAUAAUAUAUCAGUGUUUUAUGUCAUCACUGUCUAAUAGGAAUAUAAUAUGGGCCACAAAUGCAAGACAUAUGUAAUUUUAAAUUGCAUUAAAGAAGUACAAAUAGGGAAAACUAACUGUAGUAAUAUAUUUUAUUUAACCCAAUAUAUUCAAAACAUUAUUUCAGCAUAUAUAAUCAAUGUAAAUAUUGAAGAGCUAUCUUACACUCUCUUUUCGUAUUACACUUUCAAUAUCCAGUGUGUAAUUUAUAUCUAGGAGUCCCUGAGUGGUGCAUACAGUUAGUGUGCUUGGCUGCUAACUGAAAGGUUGUAGAUUCUAGUCCACGCAGAGGCACCUCGGAAGAAAGGCUGGUGAUCUAUUUCCGAAAAACCAGCCAUUAAAAACCCUUAUAGAGCAGAGUUUUACUCUUACACACAUAGGGUUGCCAUGAUUCAGAAUCAGCUUCCCAGCACCUCGUUUUGGAUUUUUAUUUUACACUUAGAAGAUAAGCUCAGUUAGAACUAACCACAUAUCAAGUGCAGAAAACUGGCUCUUCUAAUCCAGAGCAGUAGUUUCACUUGAUUUUGUUGUGUUUUGAUUUUUUUGUGUUUGUGUUGUAGAGAGGGGAAGGGUGACUUGGGGAGGACAAACCUGAUUUUUUCUGUUAAGUUUUGUUUCUGUUGUUAUUUUUUAUUUUCUGGACAUUAAAAUUGAUGCAAACUUGAGCUAUUCCAGAUAUGCCUCAUGGCAGAGGAAGGCAACAUAGGGUAGUACAUUGUAUGUGAUUGAUUAAAUUAAUCAUAUUUGAUUGCAUUUAAUGUAUAUGCCACUACCAGGCUUAAUAUCUAUGUUUUGAAAAUACAGAAAGGUGUUAGUGACUGACUAUUUGUGCGUGAGGUUUUAUCUGUCAUGUAUGAUUUCUUUUCUCUGCACAAUUCAUGUUAAUAGUAAGUUUUUUUGUUCUAAUUAUUUUUAUUUUUGCAGGCUGCUGAAUCAGGAAUAAUAAAAGUUAAAACAAUAGCUGCACGAAGCACCGAAAUUUUGGCAGGAUUAAAAACUACAAUUAUGCAGUGAAACUGCUCAGAGCAAGGAAACCCCUAGGAUAUGGGGACCUCUUGGAUCUCUUUCAGCAUUGAAAGAGAAUAGCUCAGAAGUUGUUCAGCCUUUUUUAAUGGGGUGUGGAACCAAGGAACCGAAGAUCACUCAGCUAUGUUUGGCAGCCAUUCAGAGGCUAAUGUCACAUGAAGUCGUAUCUGAGACUGCAGCUGGAAAUAUAAUUAACAUGCUUUGGCAGCUAAUGGAAAAUAGUCUUGAAGAACUUAAGCUACUUCAAACAGUUCUUGUUCUUUUGACAACCAAUACAGUAGUUCAUGACGAGGCACUCUCUAAGGCAAUUGUUCUUUGUUUUCGACUACACUUCACAAAAGAUAAUAUUACAAAUAAUACAGCUGCUGCUACAGUGCGACAAGUUGUUACUGUUGUUUUUGAGAGGAUGGUUGCUGAAGAUGAACGACACAAAGUUAUUAUAGAACAACCAGUACUUGUCCAAGGAAACAGUAAUAGAAGAUCUGUCAGUACCCUCAAACCUUGUGCUAAAGAUGCAUAUAUGCUUUUUCAGGACCUUUGUCAGUUGGUUAAUGCUGAUGCCCCUUACUGGCUAGUAGGCAUGACAGAAAUGACUCGGACAUUUGGCCUCGAAUUACUUGAGUCAGUCCUGAAUGAUUUUCCACAAGUCUUUUUACAACACCAAGAAUUUAGUUUCCUUCUCAAAGAAAGGGUAUGUCCUCUUGUGAUAAAGCUGUUUUCUCCAAAUAUAAAAUUCAGACAAGGUUCCAGCACUUCAUCUUCCCCGGCACCAGUUGAAAAACCGUAUUUUCCCAUCUGCAUGCGUUUGCUGAGAGUAGUGUCUGUUCUAAUUAAGCAGUUUUACAGCCUUUUGGUAACUGAAUGUGAGAUAUUUCUUUCACUUCUGGUGAAGUUUCUGGAUGCAGAUAAACCACAGUGGUUACGAGCAGUUGCAGUGGAAUCAAUACACAGACUCUGUGUGCAGCCUCAGCUAUUAAGGUCAUUUUGUCAAUCCUAUGAUAUGAAACAACAUUCUACCAAGGUUUUUCGUGAUAUUGUAAAUGCACUGGGAUCGUUUAUCCAGUCGUUGUUUCUUGUCCCUCCUACUGGAAAUCCAUCUGCCACAACAAACCAAGCUGGAAACAAUAACACAAGUGGCCCAGCCUCAGCACCAGCAAACUCAGGAAUGUUGGGAAUUGGUGGAGGUAUUACUUUGCUACCAGCAUUUGAAUAUAGAGGAACUUGGAUACCUAUUCUGACUAUAACAAUUCAAGGCAGUGCUAAAGCCACCUACCUAGAGAUGUUGGACAAAGUGGAGCCCCCAACUAUACCGGAAGGUUAUGCCAUGUCUGUGGCAUUCCAUUGUUUGCUAGACCUCGUACGUGGAAUAACUAGUAUGAUUGAAGGAGAGUUAGGGGAGGCUGAAACAGAAUGUCAGACUACCACUGAAGCAGCUUCUUCACCAGCACAGUCAUCAGAACAGCAAGAUUUACAGUCAACAUCAGAUCAAAUGGAUAAAGAAAUAGUUAGCAGAGCUGUUUGGGAAGAAAUGGUGAAUGCUUGCUGGUGUGGUCUUCUUGCUGCACUCUCACUUCUUCUUGAUGCCAGCACAGAUGAAGCUGCCACUGAGAAUAUUUUAAAAGCUGAACUGACUAUGGCUGCUCUUUGUGGAAGGCUGGGCCUUGUAACUUCAAGAGAUGCCUUUAUAACUGCAAUAUGCAAGGGUUCCCUGCCUCCUCAUUAUGCCCUUACUGUAUUGAAUACCACCACUGCAGCUACACUUUCCAGUAAAUCGUAUUCCAUCCAGGGCCAGAGUGUUACGAUGAUAAGUCCAUCAAGUGACUCUCACCAGCAGGUUGUGGCAGUGGGUCAGCCUCUAGCAGUCCAGCCUCAAGGGACCGUAAUGCUAACUUCCAAAAAUAUCCAGUGUAUGAGGACUUUACUUAACUUGGCACACUGCCACGGGGCUGUUCUUGGAACAUCAUGGCAACUUGUCUUGGCAACUCUGCAGCAUCUUGUAUGGAUUUUAGGAUUAAAGCCUAGUAGUGGUGGUGCCUUGAAACCUGGGAGAGCUGUAGAAGGACCCAGUACGGUUCUAACAACAGCUGUGAUGACAGAUUUACCUGUGAUUUCCAAUAUACUUUCAAGAUUGUUUGAAAGCUCACAGUAUCUUGAUGAUGUUUCAUUGCAUCAUUUAAUAAAUGCACUUUGCUCCUUAUCCCUAGAAGCAAUGGAUAUGGCCUAUGGAAAUAAUAAGGAACCAUCUCUUUUUGCUGUUGCCAAAUUGUUAGAAACUGGGCUUGUUAACAUGCACCGAAUAGAAGUUUUAUGGAGACCUCUAACUGGCCACCUACUUGAGGUCUGCCAGCAUCCAAACUCUCGAAUGAGAGAAUGGGGAGCAGAAGCUUUAACUUCACUUAUUAAAGCAGGACUAACAUUUAAUCAUGAUCCUCCACUUUCACAAAACCAGAGGCUCCAGUUGCUUUUAUUGAAUCCAUUAAAGGAGAUGUCCAAUAUUAACCACCCUGAUAUCCGACUCAAGCAGUUAGAAUGUGUGUUGCAGAUUCUGCAGAGUCAGGGAGACAGUCUUGGGCCUGGGUGGCCAUUAGUGCUUGGAGUCAUGGGAGCAAUCAGAAAUGAUCAAGGAGAAUCCUUGAUACGAACUGCAUUCCAGUGUCUUCAGUUAGUUGUGACAGACUUUCUACCAACAAUGCCUUGUACUUGUCUGCAGAUAGUUGUAGAUGUUGCAGGUAGCUUUGGGCUUCAUAACCAAGAACUUAAUAUUAGUUUAACUUCAAUAGGUUUAUUGUGGAAUAUUUCAGAUUAUUUUUUCCAAAGAGGGGAAACUAUUGAAAAAGAAUUAAAUAAGGAAGAGGCAGCACAGCAAAAGCAGGCAGAAGAGAAAGGAGUGGUUUUAAAUCGGCCGUUCCACCCUGCACCACCGUUUGAUUGCUUGUGGUUGUGUCUUUAUGCAAAAUUGGGUGAACUAUGUGUGGACCCCCGUCCAGCUGUUAGGAAGAGUGCUGGGCAAACUCUGUUUUCUACAAUUGGUGCACAUGGAACUUUGUUACAACAUUUAACAUGGCACACUGUUAUAUGGAAGGUUCUCUUUCAUCUACUGGACCGAGUUCGAGAGUCUUCUACCACCGCAGACAAAGAAAAGAUUGAGUCAGGAGGUGGCAAUAUUCUCAUUCAUCAUUCAAGGGAUACAGCAGAGAAGCAGUGGGCUGAGACAUGGGUAUUAACAUUGGCUGGAGUAGCAAGAAUCUUCAACACUAGAAGAUAUUUACUGCAACCUUUAGGAGAUUUUUCCAGAGCAUGGGAUGUUCUUCUUGACCACAUACAAUCAGCAGCCCUCAGCAAAAACAAUGAAGUAUCUCUGGCUGCUCUGAAAAGCUUCCAGGAAAUUUUACAGAUUGUAUCCCCUGUCAGAGACUCAGAGAAGCCUGAGACACCACCUGCAGUUAAUGUACCUGUGCCUGUCCUUAUAGGACCCAUGUCAGGCCCUAGCCUGAGCAGGCCAUUUAUAAGAACAGAUUCCAUUGGAGAAAGACUUGGAAGAUAUAAUAGCUCAGAGCCACCCAUAGUUAAUGAUGAGCUUGAAGAUUUGAAUCUCUGGUGGGCUGCAUGGAAUACCUGGUAUAAAAUUGGAUCUGAAAGCACUAAGCCUCCUAUUACUUUUGAUAAAUUAACUUUCAUUCCCAGCCAGCCUUUUCUUACAGCUUUAAUUCAGAUAUUUCCAGCUCUCUACCAGCACAUAAAAACUGGUUUCAACAUGGAUGACUUGCAAAAGUUGGGAGUCAUAUUGCACAGUGCUGUUUCAGUCCCAAUAAGUUCAGAUGCAUCCCCUUUUAUUCUUCCAUCUUACACUGAAGCAGUUUUGACAAGUUUGCAGGAAGCUGUACUUACAGCUUUAGAUGUUCUCCAAAAGGCCAUCUGUGUAGGACCAGAAAACAUGCAGAUAAUGUAUCCAGCUAUAUUUGAUCAGUUACUGGCAUUUGUAGAAUUUUCCUGUAAACCUCCACAGUAUGGACAACUGGAGACAAAGCACAUUGCAAAUGCAAAAUAUAAUCAGAUCCAACUAUUUGCACCGGCGGAGUGGGUAGCCUUGAAUUAUGUACCAUUUGCUGAAAGAUCUUUAGAAGUAGUUGUGGAUUUAUACCAAAAAACAGCCUGUCACAAAGCAGUGGUGAAUGAAAAAGUACUCCAGAGUAUUAUUAAGACUCUUAGGGUUCCUCUCAGUUUGAAGUAUUCCUGUCCUUCUGAAAGCACAUGGAAACUAGCAGUAUCUUCUCUCCUCAAAGUUCUUUCUAUUGGGCUACCUGUUGCCCGGCAGCAUGCUUCUUCUGGAAAAUUUGACAGUAUGUGGCCAGAACUAGCCAACACUUUUGAAGACUUUCUCUUUACUAAAAGCGUACCUCCAGAUAAUCUCUCUAUUCAAGAGUUCCAAAGAAAUGAAAGUAUUGAUGUUGAGGUAGUUCAGCUUAUCAGUACUGAGAUACUACCUUACGCCAAUUUUAUUCCCAAGGAAUUUGUUGGUCAGAUAAUGACUAUGCUUAAUAAGGGCUCCAUACAUUCUCAGUCAUCUUCAUUUACAGAAGCAGAGAUUGAUAUUCGUUUGAGAGAAGAAUUUUCUAAAAUGUGUUUUGAAACAUUGCUCCAGUUUUCCUUCAGUAAUAAAGUCACAACACCUCAAGAAGGUUACAUCUCACGAAUGGCACUCUCAGUGCUUUUAAAGAGGUCCCAAGAUGUACUACAUCGCUAUAUAGAGGAUGAAAGAUUAAGUGGCAAAUGUCCUCUUCCAAGGCAACAAGUAACAGAAAUCAUAUUUGUCUUAAAAGCAGUCAGUACUCUCAUUGAUUCACUUAAGAAAACUCAGCCUGAGAAUGUUGAUGGAAAUACCUGGGCACAAGUAAUUGCCUUGUACCCAACGUUAGUGGAAUGCAUCACCUGCUCAUCUUCAGAAGUCUGCUCUGCACUUAAAGAGGCACUAGUUCCCUUUAAGGAUUUCAUGCAACCACCAGCAUCCAAAGUUCAAAAUGGAGAAUCUUGACCUGCUUCAAUAUCUUUGAAGGAAGAAAGAUAACCUAAAAGAAUGUUUGCUCCUAAGUGAGUCUUAAGAAAGACAUUUCUUACUACAAAUAAAUCUUGGCAGCUCUUGUUGGCCUCCUUUAAAUUGUACGUACCUGAGUUCGGUAAUUCAUACGACAAGCUUACACAUCAACAAAGGUUCCUGAAUGAGUAGCAGUGCAGGCCUUUAAUAAGUUAAACUAGUGGAAGGGGUAGUUAAUACUGCAACAUACCUGCUACCGUAUCUUCAGUUGGUGGUGUAAAAGUGAACUUAUGUGCAGUUUGUGGUGUGUGUGUUAAUGAUGUACUUUUUAAAAAGAAAUAUAUUUCAAUUCAGUCAGAUUUAUUAGGCUGGUGUUUUUGCACCCUUUUUCAAGUACAAAGUUGUACUAAAAUUUUAUGCAAGAUGGUACUGUAACAUUCCAUAUUACCUGUAACCAGCCUUUGUAAACAAAGGGAACUGAUGUACUUGUGUGUAUAAUAAAUAGUACAGUUAUGUAUAAAAUAAUUGCAUUUAUUAUUUAAAUUUUUAAAAUAUUGCUAAUGUUAAAUGCUUGAAGCUGUAUUUAUUAUUAAUACAAAAUUAUUUGCUUACAUUUUUACUUAUAAUUUGCGUUCUUAAGUGGCAGAUAUGCUCACCAUAUGAUCAUGCAUUUAGCUUCAUGUUUAUUUUGAAUGUAUUUAUCAGUGACCAUUAAACAUCUGACCAGAAAGGUCAUGUAAACACAGCAGCAAAUAGUUCAUGAUUUGCUGGUUUUGCAGGUUUGAAGUAUAGGUUAUUAGUGUAAUUCACUGAGAUAUAUUGUAGCACUAUGACUCCAUCAUACCUCAUUUCUUUAAAUAUCUCUUCCAGCUUUCGCAAAGUCUGUCCGUUUUUAUAUUUGCUGUCUGGAUUUUAAAGACUUUUCAUAUUUUGUAUUCCCACUGAUUUUUUUCCCCUGACUAACAACAUUUGUCACUGUCUUGAAAUUAUGACCGGGGCAAGAUGAUUUCAGAUUCCCUAAAAUUUUGCCUGUGAGGUUUUGUUUAUUUCAGUUACCUUCAGUGCUUUGUUUUGUAAUGUCUUUUCAAAAAGAAACGUAACUAUGCUAAUCCACAAGUAUAAAAUGUGUGUGUAUUAUACUGAGAAGUGUAUUUUUGGAGAUAGUCAAGCAUUUAGAAGUACAGUAAACUUUCUGUCAUGAAGUAAAAUGCUAAUUUUGUUUCACUUUCCUCUCCUAGUGAAGAAGAAAAGUGCUCUUGAGUACAUUAACUGAAUCGUUUCUUAUAAAACUUUGACCUAGCUUACUGUAUUUUUUAUUUAAUGGAUUAUGGUAUUAUAAUAUUUUUCUUCUGAUUUAAAUUUUCAAAAUGAUUUAUGUGAAGACAUGAAAAUGUUUAAAACAGUGAUUAUUCAUAAGAAAUCCUAACGGUCUCAGUAUUAUUUUAGUGUGCUGGAAGGCCUUCGUUUUGAUAGAAUUUAUAAGUUUCAGGUUCUCCAGAAUAGUCAUAAAACUACAAGAAGAUAAUAGAAUUGAGUAAUGAAUGAGAUAAAAUUUUGAGGCUGUUGUAAUUGUGUAUUUAAUUUGCACUGUUAUCCAUAAACACGUGACGAGAUCUUUUAUUUACAUGAAAUAAUGAAUUUCUGUUUUAUAAUUUCACUUAAAAUUAAGGUAAAAUAUGGCAUUCCAUAGAUUCUGCCUUCAACAUUUUCCUUAAGGAAAAUUGUUGUUUUGUUUUUUUAAAAAAAAAACCUUUAAAGCUGUGUAUUUAGUUUAUUCUCUGUAUUGGAUGUGUUAUAUUGGGGGUUAGAAAAUUCACAGAUCACUGAUAAAUAUUGAAAUAGAGUAACCAAAGUAGUGUACCUUUUCAAUAACAUGUUAAAAAUACUGCUGUGAAUUUACAUGAAGUAAAAAUAUGUCUAUUCUUGAGAAACAAGAGCUGAAUCUGUUGCAAUCCAACUAAUAAUUCUCCAGUAAAACUUGAAUAUGAGUCAAGGGUAUAGAACAUGCGUUUAUAUAAACUGAGUACUUUGAACUAGUAUUAGUUUUCAGUACCAAGAUUGUGCCCUCCAGUUGUGCUAAAGAUAUAUAAAUGUGGUGAAAGUGUUAAUACAAUAUAAUAUGGUGAUUAGUGCCAGUCUUACAAAUAAGCAAAGUGGGGUAGCCCCUUGGUGGUAUAAUUUGACAGCCUUUUCCUCCCAAAAUACCCAUCCCCCUCAGAAGCAACUAUUAGCAAUUCAUUCCCUUGAGUCAAGCAUUCCUUUAUGCUGCAUUUUCUAAACUAUUCUGAUCCCUGGGGAGGUUAAGACAUUGUUGGUAUGAAUUGGGUUCUUCAUUGACUAGAAGAUCUGGGCUCUGUGAGAUUACUAGCUGCUGGGAGAUUGAAAAAGGAAACUCCGAAAGCUAAAACCAUUUUACAGUACAACUGAGUUUGUGACUAGUCCUGGAAACAGUGAUAAUGUCCUUUGGGAUACAUAUUAGAAAUAUAAUAGAUUUUAAGCCUCAGAUAAUCACAUUUUGUCACAGUGCCUGUCUUAGAUUGUUGGACAACAGACAUAUGCCAACAACUGGAUGAUCAGUAAAGUCCUUUCCUGACUAUUUUUUUUUCUAUUGUAAAGGAAACAAACUAAUUUUCAACUUGUCUGGUUUACUUUUUUAGUUUCCUAUGAUGCUGUCACUGCCAAGAAGGAAAAUAACAGGUCAUUUUAUAGUGUCUUAUUUUGUAUUUCUAACAGUUGCCCUCAAGUAGGCUCCAAAUCAUGGUGACUGCAUGUACAACAGAAUGAAACAUGCCAAGUCCUGUACCAUCUUUAUAAUCGUUGGCAUGCUCGGUUUAUUGUUAUGACCACUGUGUAUUUUGAGUGUCUUCCAACCUAUAUAGUGCUGUCAUCUUCCAGCAGUAUAUCAGCAAUAUUCUGUUGUGAUCCAUAAGGUUUUCAAUGGCUACUUUUCAGAAGUAGAUCA